AUCGUUUCGUACAGAAAUAUUUACGGUGCUGCAAAAUGCUCAAAUAGUGAUAAACGUCAUUUUUAUAAUUUUAGAGUUAAUAAACCAACGUAAAAAAAUGAAAAUGCGCUGUCUUUUCACGACAUAAUCAGCUUCGCAUGAAGUGGCAGCAGCACUGGCACGCUAUCAACGGCGCCGCGUUUCCGCCUUUCCGCGUCGUCUGCAUUUCCGCGUCGUCUGCAUUUCCGCGUCGUCCCGCCUCCCUGGCUCCAUCCCGUCGACAUUAUGCCCGCAGUCUCUACUCGUACGAGGCUUUUACUGUUGCUGGAACAGAUACUCUUGCUCAUGAUAAUGAAGAGGAGACGAGACCAACGACGGUGCAGGCAGCGGCGACGCUGGUGGGUGCGACCUGUGUUUUUGGCCCGAAAGCAAGAAGGACUUUACCACACAGCUAUGUGCCGCAUGCGACAAGGAGAUCACAGAUUUUUCUGCAAGUACUACAGAAUGACGCCGCAGCUUUUCGAUAAGCUGUUAAACUUUGUCGCUGCGGACCUGACCCGACAGCAGUUCAUCAGGGAGCCCUUGGAGCCUGCAGAGCGACUGGCGAUGACAUUGAGUUACCUGGCAUCAGGGCAGGAGAUAUGCCAAGUAGCGCUGUUAUAUCGUGUAGGUCUUGAAACUGCCAGGCAAUGCAUACACGACACAUGUCGAGCAAUAUGGGCACGCCUCAAGGAUCAUUUCAUGCAAACACCAACCCAAGAGGAGUGGGAGAAGAUUGCUGAAGGAUUUUCAGCUCGAUGGCAAUUCCCCAAUUGCUUGGGGGCUGUCGAUGGAAAACAUGUAGCAAUCACAUGCCCACCAAAUUCUGGGAGUAAUUACUUCAACUACAAGGGAACAUAUUCAAUUGUACUCAUGGCUGUCGUUGACAGCAGUUGCAAGUACGUGCUUGUUGAUGUGGGGGCUGAAGGUCGCGUGAGCGACGGAGGCGUAUUUAAACACUCUGCAUUUGGCAAGGCCCUUGUCAAUGGAGACCUCAAUAUACCCUCACUUGGCCUGCUCCCAGGAACUACCACAGCUUUACCCCACGUCUUCGUUGGGGAUGAAGCUUUUCAGUUAAGGAAAGACUUUAUGCGCCCAUUUCCUUCCAAGCAACUUGAGGAUGAAAGAAGAGUCUUCAACUACAGGUUGAGCCGAGCAAGACGGUGUGCUGAAAACGCGUUCGGGAUCACAGCAGCAAGGUGGCGUAUCCUACUGCGGACCAUUAACUUGCUCCCCACAAACGUGGACUUUGUUGUCAAGGCUGCCUGUGUCUUGCACAACUUCCUAACUGUCCUCAAUCCACAGUCGGACAAUUACAGUGAUAAAGAGGACAAGUUUGGAAACGUUGUUGCAGGACACUGGCGCGAAAGCAUCCAAGCUGCGUUGGGAGACGACAGAAUGCAGCAGUUUACCCCCCUUCAGUCAACACGAUCAAGAAACUACGACAGUGAAGCUGCACAUGCCAGGAACCUCUUUGCAGCCUAUUUUUGCAGCAAAGUAGGUGAGGUUCCAUGGCAGUGGCACCAACCAGGUGUUUCCAAAGAAGGCGCUUUGAAGCGUCUACGUGAGCAGCAGUUCUACCAGCUGCAAUGAUGGCGUGCCGGACGACGUUACUGAAGAUGCCUGUGCACGAGGUGCAGGCGUUGCCGCUGGCGGCACCGACACCUCUGUUACCACCACAUCCUCCGCCUCCUUCUCCUGCUCCUCCAACUCGUACACGUGCACGUACUCCUCAUUGCCAAAGUGGCACAUGUCGUCAAAGAGCUCUGCAGCAGUGGGCCCUUCCUCCAGGUUGUUAUCGCUUGCUCCGACAGGUUCCUCCUGCUGGCUCAGCAUUUGGAAGUUCCCUGAUGUGCUGAUAUAUUUGAAGAAAGAAAUGUUCAUUGUAGAUACUUUUGGCUGUAAAUAUUUCAAAUAAUUCAAAAAGCAAUGUGAAAAUAAAGUUCAUUA